AAUCUUGUCAACUCUAAAUGAAAGAGAUAAAAAAAAGUUACAUGUUGGAUCGUAUCAGUGUUACAAUAAUUAUUCAAGUAUGAGCAGCUUUAUAACAAGUCUUGUUUUUCUUUGCACAGUUUUCCCAGAAAAUGCUCUGCUCUUCAAUGGACCACAAUCCAACGCAACAUCCACAUCCAUAUCCAAUGGACAAAUGGAUCCAGCAGUUCAACAACAGCUUCAAAAAAUGCAAACUGUUUUGGAUUCUGCAUUGAAGGACUUAGCAGCUUUGCAACAGGAGAACCGAUUACUUCAGCAACAGCAGCAAAUCUAUGAGCUAAAGCAAAAACUUUCUGAACAACAGCAUUCUGCUUUAGAACUACAGGUACAAUCACUAAAAGAAGAUGUCCAAAAGCUGAAAACCUUCAACCAAACUUCACAGCAGAAAAUAGUCCUUCUGGAAGACUCUCUCCAUCAUGUACAAAGUGAAAACCAAAUCUUGAGAGAUGAUCUAAAUGAUUUGAAUGUCACCUCUCAAACAGGUUUCCAAGAAUUGAGGAUUGAAAGCCACAUAACCAAUGAGAUUGUUCAGAAAAUAAAAAUCCAAGAUCCAGAGAUUACAAAUAAUGUGUCAGCAAGUCUCCAGAGACAACAACUUCAGAUGCGGUAUUUAUCAUUGUCACUUCUGGACAUGCAAAACCUAACCAGUGUUCUAAACUCCAGACUUGAUGACCAACAAAACCAAACAAUGGCAGAUAUUCAACGGCUUACAGACAUCUUAGACACCACUACAGCAAAGUUCAAUGCUUCUCUUUCACACACUGCAACAAGUCAAGGACCCCAUGUAGCUUUUACAGCAGGAAUCACUGUCUACGACUCACAUACACUUGCUGUUGGCCAACCUGUUAAAUUCAAUUUAUUAUUAUACCAGGUGGGAGGAGGAUAUGAUUUUUCCACUGGAAUCUUCACCACCCCUAGAGCUGGUCUCUAUAUCAUUUACAGUACAAGUGUUGCAACUCGCAGCAAGUCUUUCUGGUCAAGAAUAGUUGUCAAUGGUAGUGAGAAGGCAGGGAUGAUGGCAGAUAAUGAUGCCAAUGUUAAUAUAUUUCAAUCUGCCUCCAAUCUCAUUGUACAACAGCUACAGGUCGGGGACAGAGUGUGGAUAAUGCUGAUUGAUGGUAAACAUCUAUACAGUGACAUUUCAUAUAGCACAUUUUCUGUGGUCAUGAUCAACUGUUUAAAUGAUGGCCAGAUGAAUUAAAUGUAAUUCAACUUGAAUACCUGUACUUAUUUAUAAAUAAACAAUUGUCUUUUAUAUUCUUCUUGUCAUCUUUCUCUUU